UCACUCUCUAUAAUCCCCAACAAUGGAUGCCAACCGUUGGUUUCACACUCUGCUAUACGUGAUGGUCGUUCCUCUGGUCUUGGUAUGCUUGUGCUUCAUCCUUCUUCCCUUCUUCAUCGUCAGAUCCAUUCUCGCCAUCUCAAGCCAUCCUUCCAGCGAGAGCUUGCAAGGAAAAGUCGUUCUCAUCACCGGCGCUUCAUCGGGAAUCGGAGAGCAAAUGGCCUAUGAGUACUCGAAGAAUGGAGCUUGUCUCGUGAUAGUGGCGAGGAGGGAGGAGCAGUUGCAAAAGGUUGCAGAGAAUGCUCGCCGGCUGGGCUCGCCGGACGUUGUUCCGAUUUGUGCCGACGUAUCAAACGUCGAUGACUGUAAGCGAUUUGUCAACGAAGCCAUCAACCAUUUUGGUCGAUUGGAUCAUUUGGUGAAUAAUGCUGGUGUCUUCUCUCUUUGCUUGGUCGAUAAAGUCCCUGAAGUUACAAAAUUUGUGCCUGUGAUGGACACAAACUUCUGGGGGAAUGUAUAUCCAACAUACUUUGCAAUUCCUCACCUCAAGAAGACCAAGGGCAAGAUUGUAGUCAAUUCCUCCGUCGGCGUUUAUUUACACAUACCAAGAUUGAGUUUCUACGUUGCGAGUAAAUCAGCAUUGAUGGGCUUCUACGAGACCCUAAGAACAGAAUUAGCCCCUACAAUCAAGGUUACUAUUGUAACUCCCGGUUUUAUAAACACACAGAUAACUCAAGGCAAACACUUAUCUAGAGAUGGAGCCAUGAAAGUAGAUGGACGAGCGACCAGGGAACUUUUGGUGAAGGAGUUUCCAAUGAUGAGUUCAAGCGUUUGUGCGAAUGCUAUUGUGAAGGCAGUAUGCCGAGGAGACAGAUAUGUGACAGAACCAAAAUGGUAUAAGCCAUUAUUCAUUGUAAAAUUUCUAUGCCCUGAAUUGUUUGAAUGGCUUUUCACCUCAAUUUACUUGAAGUCGAUGAGAUCAAAUGACGAUGGUCCCAACAACGAGGCAUCGGAGGCCAAAGAUGACUGAGAUGUAGAAGAAUGGAGAACUUUGUUAACCAUGAAUAAGAGAGAACAUCCAAUUGCAUUUGGUUCAUUUAGGUUUAAAGCCUGUUUGUACUAC